UUUAGUAUAUUAACUGUAAAUAAAAGUGCUGGUGUAAUUUAUAAGUGAAAAAGUGGUAUCACGGAAAUGUGAUACCACUUUAAAACAUCACCACGGAAAAUACCAAGAAAAAAGCCAAGCGACAGAAAAGAAAACGAAUAUCAGAUAUGAGGGUCGACUACCGCGGAGUGAAGUGUGCCACAGCGCUGCGUUCAGGUGUCAAAACUGCAAUGUACGAAAGCAGCUGUUCUUAUGCCGGAGCUCUGGAAUUGAAGCGAAGCGCAUUAAAAGAGGAACCCUGGCCGGCAACAGAAUGGCCGCCGUACCGUCUCCAUCAGAGUACCUUCGAGCAAUUGAAACAGAGUGUAGAGAAAGCGAAAGCCGCUCUGCAAGACAGGUCUGGACUCCUAGGCACCGCGACUGCAUUCGGUGAUUUUUACGGUGGUCAACUAGGGCAGGAUGCAUCCAGUACGACUCUGGGCUUCGGCAGAACCACGAGAACGGAUGAAAGCAUGCUGGGAUCAAUUGAUAAAAAUAAAAUCGGUUCUGAUAAGCUCGCAACUGGUCUCGGCAAGGGUUACUCUACACCGGCGCUUACCGAUACUCUUCGAGGAACAAAAUGCUCAGAUGCAUCUUACAAGAGCACUUGGUCCACACAUGCAACGUCACAGGGUUCACAAGGCUAUGGCACCAACUCAUUGUCAGCGAUGUCGAAAUCGACACUGGAUGCUCACUCCCACCUGCGCCAGCCAGAUCCAUAUCAGAUGUUUGGUCCAACUAGCAGUCGUCUAGCUAAUUCAGGUUCAGGGCAAAUUCAGCUAUGGCAGUUUCUGCUUGAACUAUUGAGUGAUUCGAGCAACGCGGGCUGUAUCACUUGGGAAGGGACAAACGGCGAAUUCAAGCUGACCGAUCCCGACGAGGUGGCGAGGCGGUGGGGCGAGAGGAAGUCCAAGCCUAACAUGAACUACGACAAACUCAGUCGUGCUCUGAGAUACUACUAUGACAAGAAUAUAAUGACCAAAGUCCAUGGCAAACGCUACGCGUACAAGUUUGAUUUCCAAGGACUGGCGGCUGCGACUCAGCCGACUGCCAGCGAUCCCGCGUACAAAUACCAGAGCGACCUCUUCAUGAGCUCUUACCAUCACUCCGCGAAGCUGUCAUCGUUUAUGGCACCACACGCUGCUAUGCCAACAUCCACAGCGUCAAUAUUCCCGUCGGCUUCGUGGAGCAACUGGGGCGGAGGGGGGAGUAACCUCUACUCCCCCCACUCGAUGGCACCCCCCCACGUGACGUCACAUCUAGGCUCCUAUCCCCACUACGCAUGACCGUCCUUUUAAGACAAGGGCAUUGCGAACGACGACAAAUUUGUAAAGGCUAAAAUAAUUUUGAAAGGAUCCCCGUAAUGUUAGUUAAUUCGCUUUUGUAAAUUUAUUUAUGAUAUUCCAAAGU